CUGCCCCCCCCUUCCCCACCGCAGCUUGGCUGGCUGGCUGCACUUGUGAACUUUCGCCUUUCUUUCUUUCUUUCUUUUUUUUCCUUAAGAGGCUGCAGCCCUUACUCCCUACCCUCUUAUCCCCCCCCAGCUCCUCCCCAGCAUGGCUCCCUAUCCCUUCCUUGUCCUCUUUGUCUCCUUCCUUCGUUUCCUAGCCGUGGCCCCUUCCGAGACGCACUACCAGCAGGGAUCGAAAGUCAUGCUGUACGUCAAUAAAGUCGGACCUUACCACAACCCCCAAGAGACCUACCAUUACUACCAGUUGCCGGUCUGCUCGCCGACUCCCAUCCGUCACAAAAGCUUGACCUUGGGGGAAGUUCUGGACGGGGACCGCAUGGCCGAAUCCAUGUACGAGAUCCACUUCCGGCAGAAUGUGGAAAAGAAGCUCCUUUGUCAGAAGAAGCUCUCCCCGGACGAGGUAGAGCGUCUCCGCCAGGCUAUCGAGGAACUCUACUACUUUGAAUUUGUAGUGGACGACUUACCGCUCCGCGGCUUUGUGGGCUACAUGGAGGAGAGCGGCUUCCUGCCCCACACCCACAAGAUCGGGCUCUGGACCCACUUAGACUUCUACUUGGAGUGGAACGGCGACCGCAUCGUCUACGCCAACGUCAGCGUCCGCAACGUGAAGCCCACCAGCUUGGACGACAUGCAGGGCGUACUGCCCGUCACUUACACCUACAGCGUCCAUUGGUCGGAGACCAGCGCAGAGCGCCAAGGGGAACGGCGGGGCAGUCACAACGGAGACGACGGCUUCUUCCCUCACACCUUGGAGAUCCACUGGCUCUCCAUCAUCAAUUCCAUGGUGCUGGUCUUUCUGUUGGUGGGCUUUGUGGUCGUCAUCCUCAUGCGAGUCCUCAAGAAUGACCUGGCCCGCUACAACCUGGAUGAGGAGGCCUCUUCGUCGUCCUCGGGAGAUGACUUUGAUCAAGGGGACAACGGGUGGAAGAUCAUUCACACGGAUGUCUUCCGGUUUCCACCCUACCGCAGCCUCCUCUGUGCCGUGUUGGGCGUGGGCAGCCAGUUCCUAGCCCUGGGUACCGGCAUCAUCGUCAUGGCCCUGCUGGGCAUGUUCAAUGUCCACCGACAUGGGGCCAUCAACUCAGCCGCCAUCCUCCUCUACGCCCUGACUUGCUGCAUCUCCGGUUACGUGUCCAGUAACUUUUAUCGCCAGAUCGGCGGCGAGCGAUGGGUCUGGAAUAUACUGCUGACCACAAGCCUUUUCUCCGCCCCCUUCUUCCUGACUUGGAGCGUGGUGAACUCCGUCCAUUGGGCCAAUGGGUCCACCCAAGCCCUGCCGGUCACCACCAUCUUCCUGCUGCUGACGGUCUGGCUGCUGGUGGGCUUCCCGCUGACAGUCAUCGGCGGCAUCUUUGGCAAGAACCGGGCCACACCCUUCGACGCCCCCUGUCGCACCAAGAACAUCGCCCGGGAAAUCCCUCCCCAGCCCUGGUACAAGUCGACGGUGGUGCAUAUGACCAUUGGAGGGUUUCUUCCCUUCAGCGCGAUUUCGGUGGAGCUCUACUACAUCUUCGCCACCGUCUGGGGCCGGGAGCAGUACACGCUGUACGGGAUCCUCUUCUUCGUCUUCGCCAUCUUGCUGAGCGUCGGGGCCUGCAUCUCCAUCGCCCUCACCUACUUCCAGCUCUCGGGCGAGGACUACCGGUGGUGGUGGCGUUCCAUCCUGAGCGCGGGCUCCACCGGCCUCUUCAUCUUCCUCUACUCCGUCUUCUACUACACCCGUCGCUCUAACAUGUCCGGCACGGUGCAGACGGUCGAGUUUUUCGGCUACUCGCUGCUGACGGGCUUCGUUUUCUUCCUCAUGCUGGGCACCAUCUCCUUCUUCGCGUCCCUGAAGUUCAUCCGUUACAUCUACGUCAACCUGAAGAUGGACUGAGUGGCCCCUUGCGUGGCUCCGCGUGGCUCGGGCGGGUGUGGUCGGUCCACGGUCCCUCCUCCCCCAGUUGGCAUCUCCACCGAGCUCUGGGAAAAACAAACACACACCCCACCGGCUAUUUAUGAUUCGUUGAUCUCUCGGCUGGCGUUUGGGAGGGCGUCCCCCGCUUCCCGUCAUGGACCCUCGCUCAGCGGCCCCUUUACGUUCUCUCCUGCUGGUCAGGACAAGUCGCCAAGCGGCGAUCCUCCGACGAGUCGAGUCUAGCCAAUCGGAUACCUUCCUCCCUUUUACCUUUUUAAAGUGAAAACCGCCUUCCUGCCUCGAAUGGGAUCGUUGGUUUUUGUUUCGGUUUUUUUCCCCUGGCAAUCGGUAGAAACGGGAACCUUUUUGAGAUAUUCCCAUUUUUCCUGGCUGAGAAGGAUGAGAAGCUACAACUGAUUUCACACAAGUAUCCCUAGAUAUUUUUAUUAUGAUUUUUUCCCCUGCUGACUGUAUCCUCAGUUCGGUGGAUAGAAGCUACGUUUAGUUCAACACACCUAUUCCUAGAUAUUUCAUUAUUCCCCACCCCCCCUAUUGAUUAUCAGGUAGAAGCUACCUUUCGUUCAAUAGGCACAUUUAUAGGUAGUUCAUUAUUAUUUUUUUCCCCUGUUGACUAUCAUCAGUUCAACAGAUAGAAGCGACAACUGGUUUCACACACUUAUUUCUACAUAUAUUUUUUUUCAUUCACCCCACCCCACCCCAAUUAUCUAAUCAGUUCAAUGGAUUAAAAACUACACACGUUGCUUAAAUAUUUCAUAAUUUCCCCCCCCCCCUGCUGUGAUUAUCUGACCAUUGGGUCCAAUGCACAUUUCGAAAUAUUUUAUUAUUCUUUUUCCCCGCUGAUGGUAUCAUCAGUUCAACGGAUAGAAGCUGCAACAGGCGCGACCCACAUUUCUAAAUAUUUUAUUAUUAUUUUCCCACCCCCCCCAUAUAAUCAGUUCAACAGGUAAAAAAAAACCUACAUUCGGUUCACCACACGUCCCUUUCUUCUAAUGCAUUCCUUCUCUUCCCGCAGCCCGUUCGGAAAAUGUGAAAAUAUUUUCAUCUCGUUUCUUUUUUUUCCCCAGAGUUCUUGUUCGGUUUUAGGAAAAGGUCCCAGCCAACCAUAAACGGGCAUUUUCAAACCUGAGAGAGAGAGAGAGAGGAUCAACAGAUUGAUGUCACACAAGGUCAAACUAGAUCCCGAUAGCCAAGCGACAGGUUCAAAGUACAAGAGAUGUUGGCUUGUUUGGGGCAAACGCUAACCUUUAGGGGAGCUUACCCUGGCUGGUCUAUCGUCCAGAGUAUUUCGAGUUUCAUACCGUUCGGGCACAUGGGAAUUGUAGUCCCAGAGCAGCCGAUAUUUCCCUUCAACCAGGUACCAUUUCGCCACACGGAAAUCAAAGCGGCGUUUCUCACGAAGUUGGGCGAUUUCUGUGAAAUUUGUGGGAUGGGAUGGACGGACCAUAAUGAUCUGAUUACUUCUAGCAGUCUCGUCGGGGAUGACCCUUAAUAAAUAAAUAAAAUAAUAAAUAAAUCCAUUCAUUCCUUUCAUGCAACUUUUUAAGGGUCACCGAUGAGAUUGGUAAGAAGUAAUCAGAUCAUGAUUUUCAGGAAUCUAUAGAAAGGAUUUCGGGCACUAGUUUUCAAACUUGGGAACGUGAAAACGGGUAGACUUUCAACUCCCAGAAUUCCCCAGCCAGAAAAGCUGGGAGUUGAAGUCCCACCCAUCUUCUGGGAGUUGAAGUCCCACCCAUCUUCCCGUUCCCGUUCCCAAGUUUGAAAAACACUGGUGAUUUUCUGCUGUUGAACUUGGUCAAUGAGAUCAUUUGUCCUCGAUCCAGCAAAUUUUUCACUCUGGUUCCACCUCCCAAAAUGUUUUCCUUCCUCUUCCUCCCCUCCUUUGUACAAUAGUUCACCAGGUGUCUGUCCCUCUCUGCUUGUACAGGUGAGAGCCUUCUUCCCAUUCCUCUCUUCUCCACCUGGCUGAAGAAAAUAUAUAUUAUAUUAAGGAAAAAAAAAACAAAAAAAAGUAUAUAUAAGGAAUUAUGUAUAUUAGCAAGGGUUGAAGUUGAAUUAUUUUUUAAUUUUGACGUCUCGGUUUUGAGUUUCUUUUUACAGAUCUUGAAGUUAAAUUUUAUUAAUAAAAAGGAAAUAAAUAAAAAAAAA